UUUUUGACUUAUCUCCCCUUUUCUUCUUCAUUUUCUUUUCUCCCCCCACUUGUUUAUUUCUUCAACAACCCCACUCAUAUAACUAUUACCCCUUCUUAGCUCCCCCUCCCACCCUUCUCUUCUCAUUCAUUCCACACUUUUCUCCCCCAAACUUUACAUUCAAUUCAAUUCGAAUUCAAUUCUUUCUCCUCUAAAUUUCUCCCUAAACUAAACAUCUCCCAAAACCGCCUUUGUUUUUGACACAAGCAAGGCUAGAGUGCCAUAGACACAAGCAAAGCUAGCAAAAAGGGAAGAAAUGAGAAAACCAAUGGAGAUCCAAGAUAAUAAUAAUAGUCAUCAAAACGAGGUUGGAUCAGAUGCGGGAGGGAGCAGUGUACACUCGCAAUCCCGGGUCACAUUCAGCGGUCCAUUAAAUUCAUCACCGAAAAAGCGCAACAACAAUAGCCGGAGAUUUAAUAAAGAUCAAGAUGAUAACGAGUAUGUUGAAAUUACCCUUGAUGUACGAGACGACAGCGUUUCAGUACAGGAUAUAAAGGGUGCUGUGGGUGAUCAAGAGGCUGCUUUACUUACCAGUCACUUGGAAAGACAACGCCCUCAGACGCUCACUUCUCAGCUUUCGGCUAAAAUUAAACAAGUCUCACGCGAGCUCAAGCGUGUCACUUCCUCGAACCGAACCGGGUUUAAGCAGCUCGAUCGGUCUAAGACCACCGCCGCACGUGCUCUUAAAGGGUUGCAGUUUCUUAAUAAGAGUGUUGGUAAUGAGGGUUGGACUCAGGUUGAGACCCGGUUUAAUGAGCUUCAGGUUGAUGGCUUGCUACUUCGGUCCCGGUUCGGCAAGUGUAUAGGGAUGAAUGAAAAAGAGUUUGCGGGGGAAUUAUUUGAUGCUUUGGCACGUAGGAGAGGCAUUGUUACAGGAACUAUUACCAAAACACAAUUACGUGAUUUUUGGGAGCAGUUAGCUGAUCAGAGUUUUGAUGCUCGUAUCCAAACUUUUUUCGACAUGGUGGAUAAGGAUGCAGAUGGCAGGAUUACAGAAGUAGAAGUCAAAGAGAUUAUCUCACUAAGCGCGACAGCCAAUAAGCUGAAGACAAUUCAAGACCAUGCUGAGGAAUAUGCUGCCCUCAUCAUGGAAGAGCUUGAUCCUGAUGACCUUGGUUUCAUUGAGAUCCAUAACUUGGAAAUGCUAUUGGUUCAAGCGCCAACACACUCAAACAACACAGUCACAGAUAGUCGUAACCUGAGCAAAUUACUUAGCCAAAAGCUAGUUCCAACCAAGGAACCCAACCCCAUCAAGCGCGGUGUCAGUAGGUUCACUUACUUCGUAGAGGACAACUGGAAGAGAAUAUGGGUCAUUAUCCUAUGGCUCUGCAUUUGUGCUGGUCUCUUCACUUGGAAGUUCAUGCAAUACAAGAAUCGUUACGUGUUCCAUGUCAUGGGAUAUUGUGUCACAUUCGCUAAGGGUGCAGCCGAGACCCUUAAAUUCAACAUGGCCCUCAUCCUUUUACCUGUUUGUAGGAACACCAUCACCUGGCUUAGGAGCAGGACUAAGCUAGGUAUGGCAGUUCCCUUUGAUGAUAACAUCAAUUUUCAUAAGGUUGUAGCUCUUGGUGUCGGGGUUGGGGCAGCUAUCCACGUGAUUUGCCAUCUUACAUGCGACUUUCCGAGGCUGCUACAUGCGACUGAUGAAGCUUAUGAGCCGUUAGGCAGGUAUUUUGGGGUACCGAGGCCUCCAAACUAUUGGUGGUUUGUCAGGGGAACUGAAGGCUGGACCGGGAUUGUCAUGGUAGUCCUAAUGACUAUCGCGUUUAUUUUAGCACAACCUUGGUUUCGAAGGAAUAAACUCAAGCUACCUAAGGCCCUCAAAAAACUUACUGGGUUCAAUGCCUUUUGGUAUUCUCACCAUCUGUUUGUCAUAGUCUAUACCCUCUUGUUAGUCCACGGGUGGUUCUUGUACCUUAGCAAGGAGUGGUACAAGAAAUCGACAUGGAUGUAUCUUGCUGUGCCGGUCCUAUUGUACGCGUUUGAGAGGCUGAUCAGGGCACUCAGGUCUGGUUACAAGACAGUACAGAUAUCUAAGGUGGCGGUCUACCCCGGUAAUGUACUGACGUUACAGAUGACGAAGCCUCAGAAUUUCAAAUACACCAGUGGACAGUACAUAUUUGUUAACUGUGCUGAUGUUUCUCCUUUCGAAUGGCAUCCCUUCUCUCUGACUUCAGCUCCUGGGGACGAUUACAUAAGUGUUCACAUUCGAGCAGCGGGUGACUGGACUUCUCAGCUGAGAACACUCUUCUCCAAAUUAUGUCAGCCUCCUAGAAGCAGUGAUCAGAGUGGUCUUCUCAGAGCUGAUAUAAACUGCGGACCUAUUCCAAGAAUGCCAAGGCUCAAGAUUGAUGGUCCAUAUGGAGCACCAGCCCAAGACUAUAAAAAAUACGACGUCCUGUUACUAGUAGGUCUUGGAAUCGGGGCAACACCGUUGAUCAGUAUAGUGAAGGAUGUGCUAUACCACAUCAAGCAACAAAAAGAGGUUGAGAGUGGAUUAAGUCCGGAUGACAGGAGAAAACCGUUCCUUGUGAAACGGGCAUAUUUCUAUUGGGUUACCCGAGAACAAGGAUCUUUCGAGUGGUUUAGGAGUGUGAUGAAUGAGGUGGCUGAGAAUGACCGAGACCAUGUGAUCGAACUCCAUAACUACUGCACAAGUGUCUACGAAGAAGGAGAUGCAAGAUCAGCUUUGAUUGCUAUGCUUCAGUCCUUGCACCACGCGAAGAAUGGUAUGGAUAUUGUGUCCGGGACUCGGGUGAAGACUCAUUUUGCUAGGCCUAAUUGGAGAGCUGUUUUCAAGCAUGUUGCUGUUAACCACACUCAGAAGAGAGUUGGAGUGUUCUAUUGUGGUGCACCUGGUUUGACACAGCAACUGAGACAUUUAUCACAAGAUUUUUCGAGGAAAACUCCCACCAAGUUUGAUUUCCACAAGGAGAAUUUUUAAGACAACAAACCCUAGUAAAUAUAUACACAAGUAUCUUAUAUUAAAAAUAUAUUCUUUUAUUAUUAGGACAGGAGUUAUUUUCUUCUUUCUCUUCCUCUUGAUCUAUAUUAAAGUUAACGACGUCUUUGUCUAAAAUGUAAUUUAUCAAAAUAAAAGUAGUGAUAUUAAGAAUUUAAUUUAUUACGGAGUACUA